AUAUCACAACAAGUUGAGUGUGGACCUAAAAAAGCACUCCAGCUUCUGAGCUCGAAAUUUCUCGCUAGCGAUUUGAUUAUAAACAUGGAAAGCAUUGAAUUUUCAAAAUGUUCGAGGUGUUUAGAAAUGGAAUCAAAGGAAUCGUCGGCACUGCAAUGCUCGGUGUGCUCAAUUUGGUGUCACCUCACUUGCAUCGACAACAAAUCGCCGGUUUUCCUUCAGGAUGCAUUUUUUACUUUCACUUGCGAUAACUGCUCGGAUAAUGGUCAAGAUAAAUUAAUUAGAGACUCCGCUCGUUGGAAGAACAUCGUGAUUUUAAUAUUGUAUAACCUACAUCACCAACACUUCAGCAAAAGUCGACGGGGUUAUUUCCAGUACAGGAGCCAAAUAACUGAAAUGAUUAACACUAAUUGGAGAUUUUUAUUUCCUCCGGAUGCCUUCAAGAAAAACAAAGCUCCCCAUGGUGUAGUGUCCAACCAGCUGACUCACAAUACCCACAUAUUUGUAAGUGGCACCAGCGUGGUGGGAGAAUCUGGAUGGUGGAGGUUGGUUGAUCCAAGCCUCAGUCCACUGUACCUUUCAAAAUUGAAAAAGGGGACUGCUGCUGUAGUUAAUUCUGAUGAUCAGCCAGCACGGCCUCAAACAAAUAUGCUGUCGGUCUCGAGUUCUUUGAUUGAGAACCAAACUAGCUUCACUCUGCCAGAUAUUCUGCUGGAAAAGGAUGGAAUCGACAGUGAUAUGGAGAUUGAUCCGCCAAGCUCCCCUUCAAAAAUACAGAAUUCAGAUCCCCUUGAUAUUCUUUCAUUUUUGGAAUCUGAAGACACUCAAACCAAAACAAUCCCUGAUGCAGAAGACAGCACUGUUUCCCAAAGUUUGCAAGAUGAGCCUCAGAGCGAGCCAGAGAAGCCAGCCAAAGUGCCUGUGCAACCAACGGCAGAAGCAGAGCCUGUAACGAAAUUCAGGCCUAUGACCCAAUACGAAGAGGUGCAUCUGAUGCAUCGACUGGAGCGGGCUGGACCUUUACCGACCAGCAAAGCUCACAGGCUGUAUAGGAAGUUGGUAGUACGCAAUUUGCAGAGGAAAAAUGGACUGCCCUUGUUCAAUCUCGCCUGUUCUCCUACGGGACACACGUUGAAUGACCCUUCCCUGAGCAACGAUCCAAAGUUUGCCAGAAUUUUGGACCGAUUCAACGUAUCAUCGUCACAGUUGAAAAACGUAGACAACAACAGUCUGUCUUUCAUGACUCGGUUGAUGGGGAUGAUAGAGCCCGCCAGCUUCAAAAGCCCCAACACUGGCAGGCUUUUGAAACCAUACAUCAUGAGGGAGGACUGCUCAAAAUUUCCUUGGGUGAAGUUGAUGAAUGAGCUGGUGAACAAAGUCAACAAAAAUGAGCCAGAACGCCUACCGUCCAAGAAUUCUACACUUGAUUACUGUUAUGUCCGGCCUCAACACAUCCCGGCAGUUAACAGUUUGUGCAGGGAAAACUUUUGGCCAGGAAUAGACAUGUCUGAAGCAUUGCAAUACCCUGAAUUCUCCUGCGUUGCCCUUUACAAAAAAUUAGUUGUUGGAUUCGCUUUUUUGGUUGACACCGCCAUGAAUGAGUCAUACAUAACAUUCCUGUACGUCCGACCUGAGUGGAGACGGGGUGGCGUUGCCACAUUCAUGCUUUACCAUCUAAUCCAGACUUGCAUGGGAAAAGACGUCACUCUGCACGUUUCAGCAACAAAUCCAGCUCUGAUUCUGUACCAGCGCUUUGGUUUUAAAGUAGAGGAGUUUGUGCAGGACUUUUAUGAGAAAUAUUUACCUGCAGACUCAAAAGAAUGUACGCACGCUUUUUUCUUGCGCCUCAGCAGGUGAAAAUAAAAGUCCAAUUUUUAGACUAAA